AUGAAUAAUGAAUUAAUUAAAAAAGAUAUAGAAUUUAAAAAAACAGAAAGAGCAUUCACUGAAAGAAGUGAAACAGUUAAUAUAUCAAAUAAGGGACAUGGUGAAAAUAGUAAUAUAAACAAUAAUUUAAAAAAAGAUAAACAUAUAAAAAAAAACGAGCAAAAAAUAUCCAUUAAUUUUACGAAUAAAAAACAUUCUCCUUUUUCAAAACCAAUGAAAGAUUUAAAUAAUACGAAAGAAUUAACAUCCAAAUAUAAUAAAGAGGAGAAAAAAAAAACUGGUGAACAUAUUGAUAAAUUAUGUAAGAGUGAAAUGAAAGAUACUAAAAAAGAAGAAAAUAGCAACAAUUUUACAAAUGAUAAAAUAGCUAGUAGAUAUAUAUAUAGCAAAGAAAAAAAAAAAUUUAAUACAUCAUGUGAAAAACGUAGUAAUGAUAUUUAUAUAAGGCCAAUAAAUAAGAAAUAUUUAAGGUCACCUGAAAAAAAAAAUAAAAGAUUAUGUGAAGAAUUAGAUAAAAAAAUACAUAAAGAACAUUUUCAUAAUUCCAAUAAAAGAUCAUUAGAGGGAUAUUACAAUGAAACUAAAAGUAUUCAUGAAAGAAAAAGAUAUAAAAAUUCACCAGAGAUAUAUGAUAAGAGGAUGAAUAGUAGAAAAAGAGAUGUAAAAAUAGAAGCAUUACUUGAAAGAUCACAAUGUAAUCUUAAUAAUAAAAAGGAAAGAGAAAAUAAUUCAAAAGUUUCGGAAAAACUAUCAAGAGAAAAAAAAAAUAGUUUUAAUAAUAAAGAAGAGCCAAAGUUUACUUGUGAAAAAUUUGACAAAAAUAAGGAAAACUCUAACAAAAGAAAAUUUGAAUAUGAUGAAAAUGUUUUACGUGAAAAAAGUAAGUCACAUAACAAACAAAGCAAUAUAAAUUAUAAUAAUUAUAUAGAUAAUGACAAGCUAAAAAAUCAUAAAGAUAUCAAAAUUAGUAAGGAAUUAAGUAAUGAAAAAUAUGCGCAUAAAGAUAAUGUAAAUAAUCAUGUUAAUGAAGAAAAAUAUUAUGGAAGAGAUAAGAGAAAGGAAAAAAGUCCAGAUUAUAAUUUAAAUGAUAAAAAAUGUAUUAAAACAGAACCCAAAAAUUUUGAUGAAAAUUAUCAACCAUGUAAAAAUGAUAAAGAGUAUGAAAUAUAUAAAGAUAGAAAAGAUAUAGAAGAAAAAAAUGUUCAAAAAGGAAUUUCAUCGAAUGAAGAUGUUGAUAUGUCAAAAAAAAAAGUGGAAACUAAAGAUAUAAGAGAAUACAUAAGUGAAAAUAUAAAUGAAAACAAAUAUGAAAAAAUUAAUGAAUCAAGAAAUUCAACAAGUGAUGGAAAAUAUACAGAAAAAAGUAAAAAUGAAAAUAGUAGUGAUAAAGAAGAUACAGUAGAAGAAUGCGAAACACCAAAUGAAUAUUCUAGUGAUAGUGAAAAAAAUAAAGUUGAUUGUAUAUUAAAUGGAUGUAGAAGUGUAAAAAAUUAUAGAAAGUUAAAUAAAAUAAGCGAAGGUACAUAUGGCACAGUAUUCAGAGCACAAAAUAAAAAAACAAAGAAAAUUGUUGCUCUAAAACAGUUAAAACACUUUUCAAGUAUACGAAAUGAAGGUUUUGCAAUAACUUCAUUAAGAGAAAUAAAUAUAUUAUUACAGUUAGAACAUGAAAACAUUUUAUCCAUUAAAGAAGUAGUUAUAGGUAAGAAUUUAAAUGAUAUAUAUUUAGUAAUGGAAUAUAUUGAACACGAAUUAAAAAUAUUACUAGAUAAUAAAUCACCAAGUUUUACAAUAUCUGAAUUAAAAUGCCUACUAAAGCAACUAUUAAGUGGAAUAAAUUAUUUGCAUACAAAUUGGGUUAUGCACAGAGAUUUAAAACCAACAAAUUUAUUAUAUAGUAACAGAGGAAUAUUAAAAAUUUGUGAUUUUGGAAUGUCUAGAAAAUUUGGGCACAUAACUAUACAUAAUCUUACAAAAAAUGUAGUAACCUUAUGGUAUAGAGCACCUGAAUUAUUAUUGGGAGAAAAAUGUUAUACAAAUAAAAUCGAUAUAUGGAGUGUGGGGUGUAUUUUUGCUGAAAUGAUAUUAAAAAAACCAUUAUUUAUAGGAGAUAAUGAGUAUGAACAAAUUAUGAAAAUAUUAAGUUUAUUAGGACUUCCAGAUAAAGAAUCGUAUCCUGAGUUUUAUGAAUAUACAUUUAUAUCGAAAAAUAAAGACUUAUUUAGAAAAAAAAAAAUAAAAAUGAAUGUUAAUAAUAUUCGUUCAUAUUUUCCAAAUGUAGCUAACCAAUUUUCGGGUUUAUAUUUGUCUGAUAGUGGAGUAGAUCUAUUACAAAAAUUGUUACAUUUUAAUCCAAAAAAUAGAAUAUCUGCAGCUGAAGCUUUAAAUCAUCCAUAUUUUAAAGAAUUUCCAAGACCUACGGAAAUAAGUGAAAUGCCAAUUAUACCAGAUACUAACAAAGUUAUCAGAUCUAGUAAAAUGGCUAGCCAUUUUAAUUUAUUAAAUCAAAAAAAUAUUCAAUUUCAUUCUUAA